AUGCAGCCACACACUCAAAACACGACUCACGUAACAGAGUUUGUCAUGAUGGGCUUUACUGGGGUCCACGAAGCGCGACUCUUCUUCUUCACACUCUUCCUCAUCAUGUACCUGUUCACGUUGAUGGAAAACUUGGCCAUUAUCUUGGUGGUGUGUUUGGACCACCGGUUACGGAGGCCCAUGUACUUCUUCUUGACACACUUGUCUUGCCUUGAAAUCUGGUACACUUCAGUCACAGUGCCUAAGAUGUUGGCUGGUUUCACUGAAGUGGAUGGGGGUAAGAACAUCUCCUAUGCUGGCUGCCUGUCCCAACUCUUCAUCUUCACCUUCCUUGGGGCAACUGAAUGUUUCCUCCUGGCUGCUAUGGCCUAUGACCGCUACGUGGCCAUUUGUAUGCCUCUCCGCUAUGGGGCCUUAGUGUCAUGGGGCAGCUGCAUCCGCCUGGCAUCUGCUUGUUGGCUGGUGGGCUUUCUCACACCCGUGUUGCCCAUCUACCUCAUGUCCCAGGUGACCUUUUGUGGUCCUAAUGUUGUUGACCACUUCUUCUGCGAUGUCUCUCCCCUGCUAGCCCUGGCUUGCUCGGAUGUCACCCUGAAGGAGACUGUGGACUUUGCGGUCUCUCUGGCUGUGCUCCUGGUCUCCUCCACAGUCAUUGCUGUGUCCUAUGUCAACAUAGUCUGGGUGCUGCUGCACAUGCGCUCAGCUGUGGAGCGCCGGAAGGCCUUCUCUACUUGUGUGGCGCAUCUGACUGUGGUAAGUCUCUUUUAUGGUACUCUUUUCUUCAUGUAUGUCCGCACCAAAGUGGCUUCCUCCGUCAACUUCAACAAAGUGGUUUCUGUCUUCUACUCUAUUGUCACGCCGAUGCUCAACCCUCUCAUCUACAGUCUUCGGAACAAGGAAGUGAAGGGAGCUCUGGGCCAUGCCUUUUCCAUCAAGGUUUGGAAGGGGCACUGA